GGGUGACGUCACGUGCUUUGUCAGUCGCUCUGCUCCACCGUCCUUCCGUCGAGGCAACAGGCUGAGCGCUGCUGUGUUUUCUUGGGUGAAGAUGGCUGCUGGUCCCCUCUCGGUAUCUUCCAACGCGUCCACUAACAACGAUGGCAUCCUCAUCGGUGACAAAGUGUACUCCGAGGUUUACCUCGCCAUCGACAACUCGCUCAUACCGGAGGAGAGACUCUCCCCGACGCCGUCGAUGCUCGACGGCCUUGACUUGAACACCGAGACCGACCUUCGCAUCCUCGGCUGCGAGGUGAUCCAGUCCGCGGGCAUUCUUCUCCGCUUACCCCAGGUGGCGAUGGCGACGGGUCAGGUUCUGUUCCAUCGGUUCUUCUACUCCAAGUCCUUCGUCAAGCACAGCUUCGAGAUUGUUGCCAUGGCCUGUAUCAACUUGGCCUCCAAAAUAGAAGAAGCGCCGCGACGAAUACGAGAUGUCAUCAACGUUUUCCACCACCUGAGGCAGAUUCGAUCCAAAAAGAUGCCAAGUUCACUGAUACUUGAUCAGAACUACAUAAAUACCAAAAACCAAGUCAUCAAGGCGGAGCGGCGGAUCCUGAAGGAGCUGGGCUUCUGUGUGCAUGUCAAGCAUCCACACAAGAUUAUCGUCAUGUACCUUCAAGUCCUGGAAUGUGAGAAGAACCAGACGCUAGUCCAGACGGCCUGGGUAGUCCAUGCUGGUAAGUCACAUAAAGAACCUCUGAACUCUGCCUCCUCCAACCACAUGACCUCAGGAAGCUCCCCCUAUUGGCUGGUUGUCCCUCUCCAGACAGCCAAUCCCAAUGCCAAGAUUCACUGAAGGGGCGGGCGGGCCUUUCCCAAGAGCCAACAUCAUCUUGUUUUCUCUUGGGUGUCCAGAAGGAUUUGUAUUGUUUGGUCUUGUUACAGAGGUUUCAACUGUAAUGCCUAUUUUUGCCAAGUAGCAAUUCUGAGUUUUUCUAGUUUACUUGCAUCUAACAAUGAAGUAAACCUAGCCAGAACAGAAUAACUUUUUUUGACCAGCUUACCUGCCUAUUUUUUUAUAAUAACAGUAGAGUACUGUGUCCUAUUCCCAAGUGACGUGGUUUUCAGACAUGUGUCUGUCUUUCAGGCUGAUCCAGUUCUCAGGAUUUGCCUCCAGGGACCUGUCUCGCCCAAGCAGCAGUCAGACUCCAACGGCCACAUAUUAUCUGUAGUAGCUGGAGCUCAGAAUGACUUACUAAAGUGCAGGUCUGACUGUUAGUUGAAGGCAGGUUCGACUGGAAGUAACCCCCAGAGGCAGUUUUUUUUUAACCUGUGACACACUUCCUGUUGAGCCGUUCUUUGAAUGGUUGGAAAUUGUAACACAGUGUAGGGAUGUCAGGAUUGGCCGGUUUUACAAUAACCACGGUUUCAUAACGUCAGAGUUUAAUAACCGUGAGUAUUAUAAAACCUAUGAUGUCUAGGUGUCCUGCCUCUCGCGAGUCACGUUGUUUGUGCAUGCGGUGCGCUUGUUUGUGUGAGCCAAAUAACUGAAACAUAAGUUGAAAAGAGGGAACUGAUGUAACAGCCUUAUUUCUACAAAACUCCAUCGAAGGCAGUCACAGCGAGAGGAGAAAUCCUUGUUGACUUUCAGUGUCUGACCAGCGCCUGCCCCGCACUUAAGACUCUUCCAUUAACCAUUAUGAAUGCAGCAGAGAGUUUAAUAAACAUAUACUGGGGGUAAUAGUAUAGGACACAAAGAAUGUGUGCUUGAACCUUUACAGUAAAAGUACCAAACAGAAACGCUGCUUAAGACUGAAAACACAUUCGCCUACAAAUCUUCCAAAAUAUGGCAACUAAAUAAAAUAGCUUGCAUAGAUUAUUUGUAAAUAGACAAAAGUUGAUUAAGAAAAAGUUACUGGAUAUAGUGGACAAUAAUGAUGAUAGUUAAGUUCAUAAUCCUUAUUAUUAUAUAUAUAUUGGUUCUCUUUUCUUCCCUAGUAAUGAAAACACUGAUAUUUCCUCUUACAAUAAUCAUUGCACCAAAAUUUCAUCUCAUGACCUAACAGUUCAUGUAGAUGGUAAAGUGUCACCUGAAGAACGCACGUUGCACUGCUUUGUGAUACGUUUUAGUUCUUUGCUUUGCCUCGUUUUUCCCUUCGAUAAUCUGAGUGGGAACAGUGUUGAGGUAGUUUUGGUCAUGUUUCUGUCGUCAUGCAUACUUUUGUCUUUUUGACUUCUAUGUUUCUGAAAGACAUAGAUGCUCAUUUCACCCUGUACCUGCCUGAUUCACAUUCCGGCCAUUGUAUCUUCUCUAAUGCUCUCCCAAUGGCUAAUGUCAUUUAUCCAUUGUCAUAGACAACCUACUGUAACACACAAUCUGUUUCGCUGCACAGAUUUCAGUGGAGAAGAAUCCCCUUCCAUCCUAAUGUCUCUAGAUCAGUUAAUAAUGCAACAUAGUUGAAUGGGUUGAGGAAAAAUGCAAUCACUGGUCUUAUGAGGGUUGGUUUCAGCUCAUGGCUAGAAAGUACAAUGGGAAGUUGUUUUUUAAUUAAUAUGAAGGUCACAUUUUUGUUUUGGUUGCUUCAAGUGCAAUGUUGUCAGAGUAGCAGACCACUGUUUUAAUUAUGAUCACAUAAUCAUGCCACUGAAAACUGUCUUCCAUGCCACCAUACACAUUGUACCUCCCUAUUCAAGAUCUAACAAUGACUACAUAGUGACUGCAUUAUAGAUGAAUGCUCAUCUGUAUGCCUGCAUGUCCCCAACCUUACUAGGCAUAUGUCCUUGUCGUGAUCAUCACUAGUCUUAAUGUAGUUCCUCCGGGGUCAUGUCGGGGUACAAAGGUCUUCAGUAGAAUAUUUCCCAUCGGUCUUCAUUCUUUUCCUGUGACAUACAGCACUCUGUCACACGACUGCCCCAGAGAGAAAUGGACAAAGUUAAACUUAUUUCCAACUUUAAAAUGUGUAGCUGGUAUCGUAUUAGCUGUCAGGGCUAAAUGUAAUUUGAAAAGCUUUCGCUGUAUCUGAAGGUCAGAUCCCCAAUUUCUUAAGACGAACAAUUGAAGUCAGUGACAGUUAAGGUUCACUUCUUGUUCAGUAAGAACCAACCAUACAGUUACGACUGGUAAUAUUUUUCCCGAUGUAAGAAUCGGCUACUUUUAAUCAGGAAUGAAAAAAUGGAAAUGAUUAUUUGAAAAUAUCUAAAUAAUUUGCUUGAUUGUUGACCUGCAGCAGUAACAUGAGGAUGUUGUUAUGUGUGAUUUCUUGUGUAGAGAAGAUGCUAUGUUUUUGUUCCACUAUUUUGUUUGCUUCUGCAGGAACUACAUGAACGACAGCCUGAGGACAAACGUGUUUGUGAGGUUCCAAGCUGAGACUAUUGCCUGUGCUUGCAUAUUCCUCGCUGCCCGUGCCCUGCA